UAUUGAAUCGGUUGUCAAUCAGAAUUCAAAACGAAAAAUCAUUUGAAAAAUGAAAGUUUCAAUUGUUUUGUGCGCUUUUGUCGGCGUUUCUCUGGCCAGUCCUUUGCUUGAAUUACAAAGUUAUGGAAAGGCUGUUAACACCGGACGAUCACAAGUCACACGAAAGGAUGACGGACACGGAAACUAUGAGUUUGCUUACGACGAGGAGCACCACACCGGCGGAACCUCAAGACGCGAAAAGGGAGGCAAAGGAUGGCAAACCGGUUCAUACGAAUUGAGAGACAGAGAUGGACGCAAAAGAACCGUCAAAUACGUUGCUGACGCUCACGGUUUCAGAGCUCAGGUCGACACCAACGAACCCGGUGUUGAUGCUAAAGAAGAUCCCGCAGAUGUAUCCAUCAACAAGAAUGGUUACUCGCAGUUGCAAUUGGCUCAACCCGUUUACAUUGCUAAGUCUGAGCCGCAAAUCAUCUCAUACGCCGCACCUAAGCUGAUCAGCUAUGACUCGGGUCUUAACCUCGAAUCCGGCAAAAGCUGGGCCUCAGGUUAUGACGCUCAAUGGUCUGGACCUUCAAUCGAGUCCUCAGGACAUGGAUACUCAAAAUGGUAGAUAUUUAGACAAAUUAGCAUUGGUUUCACCGACUUCUCGUCAAUAAAUAAUUAAAUAAUAUUAAAAUAUUAAUAUUAUA